GGGUCGACAACUCACCUUCAACCCGCCAUAGGCAGUCGGCAGCUACUACCCCGAAUUUGUCCUUGUCGCUGUCCCUGUCCCUGAUCGAUUCGACUACCCGUAGCCUGCGCGCAUUCAGUUCUGUUCUGUCCUCUGAUUCGGACGUCGGACGUCGUCGGGGCCGUCGGAGUACAGUUGUUGGCAUAAGGCACGGGUCCUUCUCCUCGUGUGGGGUCGAUCGAGCAGCCUGUCAAUCUAUAGAUCAAUCUAAUCGAUCAAUCGACAAGUCGAUCAAUCAAUGCCGCCCGAGCCGACGUCGAUUGAAUCCGACGGUCAAUCAAUCAGCUGAUCGCUGUCCUGCUCUCUGAUUCAGACCAGCAGGUUAUUGAUUGCCUUGAGCGCCCCGCCGCUUUGUGAGCUUGUUGAAGUAUCUGGUUUGCUUGCCGCCUGCAGCCCGAAGCUACAGCUAUGUCGCCUUCACUGGAGCUGUCAGGCGACAGACAGAGCGGUCAAGAUGUCAGACUGCAGAACGUCACUGCGGUUCAAGCCAUAGCGAAUAUAGUUAAGAGCUCUUUAGGCCCUGUGGGUCUCGAUAAGAUGCUUGUGGACGAUAUUGGGGAUGUCACUAUCACGAACGAUGGAGCCACUAUUCUGAAGCUUCUGGAAGUCCAGCACCCUGCUGCACAGGUUCUUGUCGAACUUGCGGAACUCCAAGACAAGGAGGUGGGAGAUGGAACAACGUCCGUGGUUCUGGUGGCUGCGGAGCUGCUAAAGAGAGCGAAUGACCUUGUGCGCAACAAGAUUCAUCCAACCUCAAUCAUUGCCGGGUAUAGAUUGGCCAUGCGAGAGGCAUGCAAAUACAUCGAGGAGAAGCUUGGCAUGAAGACAGAGAAAUUGGGCAGAGAUGUGCUUGUCAAUGUAGCAAAGACAUGCAUGUCUUCCAAAAUCAUAGGGACGGACAGCGACUUUUUUGCCAAAAUGGCUGUGGAUGCUGUACAGAGCGUGAAGGCGCUGAACGAGAGGGGGGAAGUGAAGUAUCCUAUCAAGUCGAUCAACAUUCUGAAAGCACAUGGCAAGGGUGCGAAAGACAGCAUGCUGCUUAAUGGAUAUGCCCUGAACACGACAAGAGCAGCUCAAGGGAUGGUGAAGCGCGUGUCUCCUGCAAGAGUAGCGUGCUUGGACUUCAAUUUGCAGAAGACCAAGAUGCAGAUGGGCGUGCAGGUGCUGGUGAAUGAUCCUAGAGAGCUUGAAAGGAUCCGUGAGAGGGAAGCGGACAUCACGAAGGAGCGUAUUGAAAUGAUUCUCAAGGCUGGUGCCAACGUCAUCUUGACGACAAAGGGAAUUGAUGACAUGGCUCUCAAGUACUUUGUUGAGGCUGGCGCGAUUGCAGCUAGAAGAGUUAAGAAGGAAGACCUGCGACAUGUUGCCAAGGCAACUGGUGCCACAGUGGUACUCAAUUUUGCUGACAUGGAAGGUGGAGAAGCAUUUGAUGCCAGCAUGCUUGGUUCAGCAGAGGAAUGCGUGGAAGAGCGGGUUGCAGAUGAUAACCUUCUCAUGAUCAAAGGCAGCAAGAGCUCGAAAGCGGUGUCCAUCCUUCUCCGGGGUGCAAAUGACUAUAUGCUGGAUGAGAUGGAGCGCUCAAUUCAUGAUGCACUUUGUAUUGUCAGAGACACCUUGGAAUCGAACCUGGUAGUUGCUGGUGGUGGAGCUGUGGAGGCUGCACUGUCUGUCUACCUGGAGAAUUUUGCAACGACGUUGGGGUCGAGGGAGCAGUUGGCAAUAGCAGAGUUUGCAGAGUCCCUCCUCGUCAUUCCAAAGGUGUUGGCUGUGAAUGCUGCCAAGGAUGCCACGGAACUGGUUGCGAAACUCCGAGCAUACCAUCAUACAGCACAGACAAAGCCAGACAAGCAACACUUCUCUGGAAUGGGUCUUGAUCUCAUUGAAGGUGUUGUGAGGAGCAACAUUGAUGCGGGUGUGCUGGAACCUGUGAUGAGCAAGGUCAAGAUACUUCAGUUCGCAACGGAGGCUGCUAUCACGAUAUUGAGGAUUGAUGAUAUGAUCAAGCUCACAAAAGAGGAGUCACAAGACGAGCCCGUCACUCCUUGAGAGAUGCGGAUGUUGUAGAGGCGGUUAAUGGGUGACGGAUGGAUUUCGUUGCUCGUCGACAAGGCGCGGAGUUGUAGAGGCGUAAAUGAAAAAGGUAGGAGAAAUUUUGAGUGAGUAGUGUAGCGUAGCGUAGGAUUUCGCAGUGUCAUGCUCUGAGCCUCCUGCUUUUGAGCAGGAAUUUUCGCUUGUGGGUGGAACAAAAAAGUAGACUGUGCACUGUGAGAGCACCUUAUCUUGUUGCGAUGGUGAGGUCUGCGGGAACCUGGAAAAGACAUGUCUAAAUGUGUUUGUGAAGUGCAAACACUAUAAAGCCUAUCCAUUGCCCUGAUUGUCAUACUGAAUGUGAGGCGGUGUUCUUUGCUGACCUGCCGAACUUGUCUUUCAGGGGACAGUAUAGAGAAGGUAGGUGUUUCUGCUCAUCGACCGAACUUGGAUGCGUGUUUUGUGAUGUUGUACUACUUGUGAAAUCGGUAACUCCCUUGAAAUGGUUUUUGUUUGUGGAAUCGACUGUGUGCACACGAGUCUAGAACAUUUUGUAGUCUAAUUGAACAUCGACUUGUGCUAAAAGGUAUUGGAUGUAAGACGUUAGAGCAAAUUGGCUGCUCAGUGCUAUACAUCAUCUCUAGUGCCCGUUAUACAUUAUAUUGUCACCUAUACAGUGAUCGAUUUCAAUGAUGGGAUUAUUUUUUUGUUAUCUUCAUGGCGAUCGGUAUCUGUGUUACGCUUGGAAUCCUUUUUUUUUCCCCCAAACAAAUGCUCCAGUCUAUUCGUGGGGAGCAGCAGAUACUCGGUAUUAUUGGUCAGUGCAUGGAUGGGGAAAAAGGUGGUGCUCCUGCUUGUCUUUAGGAGUUUAAAAUCAUUCAUAGAGAACCAGUUCAGUCAGCAUUUCAGAGGGGGGAAAAUAUGGUGCUUAGGACUGUCAACAUUUUGUUGCUGCAGAAGUUUUGUAUGGGUUCAGAUACCGGACUAGUGGUUCCCCAUCCCUAGAGUGUUCCAUUUUAUUGGGACCCGAUGUUCUGCCUCCAGUUUCUUUGACUGAACGGGGAUUUCCUGCCUUUUCGGACACUCUACUGUCAUUUCACUCUAUCAAUACAUACCGUAUCUGCUGAACGCAUACCUUAUUUCGCUUAGCAGUGGACACGGCACGGGGGCUACUAAAUCUGUAUCUUGUGCAGUUUUCACACUAGAUACGGCUGUGAUGAUAUAUGGCGAUUACGGACAGUAAAGUAGGAUUGCACCGUUUCGCGUUGCCACCUUAUGCCACUGACUGUAAAUUGAAGUCUACAAAGCGGGAAUGGAUUGUUAGUGUGUCCUGGGCAACCCUACCGUCUCCGCUUGAAUAGAACGCCCGGUUAUUAUAGCUGCAUUUGGCACUACUUUCAGUCCAGAUGCGGCGAUAAUGAGUGGGCAUCUUAUUCGGGUGCAGACGGUGGUGUUUGAAAUUUGACGAACGCUUAGGGGUUGAUGGUGCUUGCUGUUAUCACGUUAUUGGGUAAAUAAAAGAAAGGUCAAAAAUGAAAAAGGGUCUUUGGGUGGAGAAAUUCUGUGACAGGUCUCAUGAACGCCAGAAUAAAGGCUUUGGCAGUGA